GAUUAGCCACAAAUAUAGCAACAAAUAGAGCAACAAAUAGAGCAACAAAUACGAAUUUUAAACAGUGACUUCUGGCCAUUUGAACGCUUUGUUCCAGAAAAAAAAUAUAUAAUUGUCCCAAGAGUAUCGAUGAACAAUCGAUAGUCAACGGAUAACGAAGUGCAAAAAAAUGAGGUCGAAGGGACGAGUAAUCAAUAAUAAAAAUAGAAUUAAUGAGAACGGGUAUAACGGCCGAAUUUCUCAAGUUUCUCAGCAUUUGGACUCGAUUAGCAACUGUCGUAGCCUCUAACAAACCCUUCGAUUUCCCUCUCGUGUAACGUGAGCUAUUGAACUAGCAAAAAAAAAUGUCCUCACAGCGGGAAGUGUCUCUUACACGAGAAAAAGUGUAUCAAAGGGUUCGUGCGGUUUAAAAAAAAGUAAGAGGAAGCGUGAAAUUCUAUGUGAGCAGGAAAGAGUGAGAGAGCAGAGGAUAGAACUCGGUGCGGGAGAGGGAUUAAGUGUGCGAAGACCGUUGGAAACAUUAGACUAAAUCCACCGGAUAUUUUCUAUCCAUCAAUCUAAUUAAAACUCAUUGAAACUAAAACAAGAUGAAUUAAAUUGAAAUUCCACAAAAAAAAUCCAAUAAUCCAAUUCCAAAUCAAUUGAAUAAUUGUCUGAAGAUUAAUUAGAGUCUGACCCAUCAAACAUCAGCUGACAAUCGUUGAGUCAACUGGAGCACACCUAGAGACACUUGAGGACACAAGUGCCAGAAGAUAAAAAAUUCCCGAAAUAGAAAAAAAAAAGUAGAGUAAAAAAGUGUUUAGUGUUAAAAUUGAAAGGGCAAUCCCUGAGUUAAUAAAAAUUGUCAAUAAAAUAGACAAAAUAGUGAAGUGAAAGUGUGAAAAUGCAGGGAAUAUCGACAGGCCCGUUGGAGAAAAUAAUGGAGGAGAGCGGUUAUGGUUCACCCAUAGGGAGACACCAGGGAACUUCGAUGAUGAUCUCCCCAGUUGCUCAGAUAGCCCACGAUCUCAGCAAAUCGAGUCUCUCCGGUACUCCGACCUACGAUGGACGUCACAGACUCGAUCCAGGAGAUAAUGGAGGACGCGGAUAUGCUGAUGAGAACAACGAACCGUUGUUCAAAAAUGUCUUCAAAAUUAAGAGUACCCCAGAGGGUACGGUAAAAAGUCGAUUGAGGGGUCGUCGGCUCCUUGGCAUGGCGUCGCGACGCCUCAACAGCCCUGAGCCGAGAUCACCACUGCAGCUAAUCAAUAAAGAGAAUGGAAGCGCACUCUGCAGCACCCACCAGUCACCGAGUCCACUGAAGAUGCCAUCGACGAAGUCUCGGCUUCCCCUGGAGGAUUGCGAUCCAAAUAGCCAAGACAGUGGCUAUGGAGCGAGUUUCACAGAUCGUGAGGAGCUCUCGAAAUUCAGAUUUGCGGAGCCCCUGGGAGUCGCCCCAAAAAGGAUGUCCCUGGAUUCUCCAGUGCGAUCUUCUCCCUCAUCGAAGCGUCCCUUGAAGCUCCUCAUUAAGAAGCUCUCCUCAGGCUACGAGUCUACAGAGGACGACUUCAACGAUCUCCUCGACAUGGACACCUUCAUGGAGCCAACCUCGGCCUUUCCAAACGACCUGAACAAACUUCUCUCUGGGAGCAUAAUUCCUACGAUGGAUUCCCUGGAGAAACCCAUGGAAACUGACGCAGCGACGACCCCAGAGUUUGCGAGAACCAAGCCAUUGGGGGUGAGAAGAUCAAUAUCGAUAAACAACGACAGACUUAUAUGCAGAACUCCACCGAUGUCGAGAGUGCGUUCGUGUCUCUUCCGCUCGCCCAACGCCACUUCUUCGACAUCCAGACUCUCCUUCGACGAGAAUAGAAAUUCCCCCUAUCCUUCCCCCAGUCCAAAGUCUUUCAAGCGUCCAGACCAUCCUACAGACUGCAGUCCAAUAUUAGUGAAGAGAUGCAGAACUCAGCAGAGAGAGGUUGAGGUCUCCCCGACGUCCUCUCCAUCCUCUCCAGCUCCAAAGUACACCAGACAUAUGCUCCAGAGGAGUCACUCAGAAGCCGAGGCCCACGAUCACAUAAAAUCGGCUGUUCACAGAAGUACAACAGACUCAGAUCUGACUGGUGACUUCUCUAAAACGUGUAUUCUGCCUCUGGCUGAGGGCCACCACGAGGACCUCAAGUCCAUUUCUGCGGAGACACUGUCUGCCCUGAUCAGAGGUGAAUUCAGUGAGUCCGUUAACUCUUACAAAAUAGUGGACUGCAGGUAUCCUUACGAGUACGAGGCAGGUCACAUCGAUGGAGCUCUCAAUUUAUACACAAAGGAGCUCAUUGAGGAGUACCUCAUGAAUCCCCUGACACAGACCCCUCAGAUACAGCCAGACAGCAACAGGAGGAACAUAAUCGUUUUUCACUGCGAGUUCUCCUGGGAGAGGGGCCCCAAUCUCUCUCGCUAUCUCAGGAAUAUCGACAGAAAAAUGAACAAGGAGCAUUACCCUGCACUCCAUUAUCCUGAGAUCUAUCUGCUCCACGGUGGGUACCAGCAAUUCUAUCAACACGAGAAAGCUCUCUGCAGCCCCCAGGGUUACAGACCCAUGACCCACCCUGACCACGAAGCUGAUUUGAGAAAAUUCCGGAGCAAGAGCAAAAGCUGGCAGGGGGAAAAACAUCGCACCAAUGGCCUAUCUGCGAGGGCCAAUCUCAAGAGACUUGGAUUGUAAAAAAUUGAAGAGUGAUGAGGUAAAUGGUGGAUUACCUCGUGAACUAGUGGGGGGAACCAAUGGUUUUACCAAUUCACAAAAUCGGCUCGAGAUGCUGGCAUAUUUAUGACGCUAUCAUCAUAACAGUGCAAAAUAAUUAAACUCUCGUCCCCUGUAAAUAGUCAAUAACGUUGAAAUUAAGUUGAGAAGAAAUUAUCUAGUACAAUUGAACAAAAGCGCUUAUUUCUGAAUAGUUGAUAAAUACUUUGACACGUAAAAAUGUCUCAGCAUUCAGACUUUUUUUUUUCUCCUUGUACAUAAGAGUUAUAUUCAGAUAGAUAAAGUUGUAAUGAACGAGUACUAAUUUAAAUGAAGGAGAGUACUGCAAUAGCCCGUAGCUGAAUCUUCGGGACGGCUGGGCCUUUCGACAGGGCUGCUGAUGAUCGUGGACUCGUCCUCGUCGUAGAUAUAUAUUUCUAAUGCUUCCAUAUGUAAAUUAGGGCGGGCAUCCCACUGUACAAAAGUUGACAGCCGUUUACACCGAUUUUAAUCAAGCAGCCCUGUCAUAGGUUGAAGUUUAAUGAAAAAGCGAUACAUUCUGCUCAGAUCGUCAACUCAAGUUACAAUAAAACAACCAUUGAAAAUAACACUAUUCCGAUCUUUUUGUUGCCUUUGGAAAACACCUCCCCGACGCAUUAUUAUGGCUUUAGUCACUAUUGACUGUUCACUUUUUAAUAAGUUUGUUAUCGAUACGAUUUUUUUUUCUUGUUGCGGGGGUUUUUGAAUGAUUGGCGAAUUACUGAUGAGAUGUGAAACUUUUUUGUAAUGGGAGGGUUCUGAUGUACAUUCAUGUUCCACGUAAUUUUGAAUAAAAAAACAUUGAAAAAUAA